AUGGGCAGAGGCAGAGCUCCUACAAGUAGUACUAGUUGUUCUUCAUCUAUUGACAGUAGCAACCACCCAGGCCCAGCUCUCUCAACAACGCCAUCAUCAUCUUCCCAAACCCUCCCAUCUUCUUUCUCACACUCACAGUUCAAACAGUUGAAGAGAGAUCUUAGCACAGAUCUCAGGCUUGGGCUUAGCCUAUCACCCUCUGCCUCUCACUCUCAACAACACAACCCUUCAGUUGCAAGGGGGUCAUCGUCGGAUUGGGCUUCAAACCAGCAGAAGGAGGAGGCAAUGAAUAAUUAUGCAGCAGCUGCAGCAGAUGAAGGCAGCAAUGAUAAUGAUGAUCACACCACAUCCACCUUAUAUGUGAAGGUUUACAUGGCAGGCCAUGCUAUUGGCAGGAAGUUGGAUCUAUUAGCGCAUGAUGGUUUUCAUGACUUGAUACGAACACUGGAACAUAUGUUCAACACCAACAUUCUCUGGGGAGAUGAGGUGGAUAGAGUGCACUCUGAGUCUGGUCGUGAUGUUCAUGUUUUGACAUAUGAAGACGAGGAAGGGGAUUGGCUGAUGGUGGGGGAUGUUCCUUGGGACGAAAAGAUUGAAGAUCACAAGGACUUUUCCAUGCUGAUUUUCACAUCAUCUCCCUCCUCCAAGUCCAAGGGUUUUGAAUUUUUGGGACGGGCUAAGUCAAGCGAGGGUGAGAGAGGAACAGUAGAGAUUUAUAGUCUGGAACGAUGA